AAUUUGAAUGAAGCUGGGAAUAUUAUGGGGUUUUCCACCUUAUAAUUAUGCUUAUGCUUUGUUCCAUCUUCUGCAAAGCUUCCACAAAGCUGCUUGUGGUUUUUCCUGAGGUUAAGUGAACAUGAUGUCGAUGAGUCAGAGCCUCCACACCCUCCCCAAAAGACAAUAUUUGGCAGCACCAGUCUCACUUCUGCAGAAACGAAACUAACCAGUGCUCUCCGGGUUUGGUGCUGCUCGGUUCUCCUUUAUUCACCAGAAUGGAGGAAACGGGUAAAGAGAUCUCGGGUCAGACUCUAGAUGUAAGUGCUGCUGCUGCUGAAGUCUCAGCUGCAGGCGUGGAGUGUGAUGCGUGUGAGGGACGGAAGCGUAAAGCUGGGCAGACCUGUUUGGAGUGUUUGGCCUCAUGUUGUGUGCCUCAUCUGGACCUGCACAACAACAGACUGCAUGGUGGGAAAAGACACAAGCCAGUGGAGGCGACUGAAAAGCUGCAGGAGAUAACCUGCCCCAAACACGGAAAACUGCUGGAGGUCUUCUGCCGCACGGAUCAGCAGUGUAUCUGUUACCUGUGCAUCACCAACGCCCACAGGACACAUGACGUCAUCUCCACUGAGGUCGUAGUGGCUGAGAAGAAAAUUCAACUGGACAAAAUGCAAAAGAGGACCUCUGAGAGAAUUCAGACAUGGGAGAAGGCAGAGGAAGAUCUGAGGCACGCUAUUAAGACUUUCAAGAAGUCAGCAGAGGAGGCAGAGCUGAAGAGUGACAGACUCUUCACUGAGUUGAUCUGCUGUAUGGAGAAGAUGCAGAAGGUGGUGAAGGAUCUGAUACUGGCUCAGAAGGAUGCUGUAGUAAAGGAGGCUGAGGAACUCGUUGGGAAAGUGCAGGAGAACAUCGGCGCUCUGAUGGGGAGAGAUGCUGAACUACAGAACCUGAAGCAGCUCUCUCAGCAACACAACCAUAUACAGUUCCUCCAGAGUCAGAGUGCUUAUUCCAUCUCCCCCCUUAUGAAGGUCAUCCGUCCCCCCGCUCUGUCAGUCCAUCCCAACUGUUCGUUUGAGCCGACUACUGACGCUGUUUCAGAGCUCAUUAAAAAACUGAACUUAUUCUACCAGUGGAGCUUCAUUACAAUCUCUGAGAGAGUGAAAAACACAGGUAUUGUUUCUUCGCCGCUACCAAGAACACGCCAGGAGCUCUUAAAAUACGCAACCAAGCUAACUGUGGAUCCAGACUCAGUGCACGAUAAAAUCCAUCUGAGCGAGGACGACGCGGUGCUCACAGCCGUUCGAGAAUCAGAGAUUUACUUUUUUCACACUAAGAGGUUCGAGAAGAGGCAGCAGGCGUUAUGCAAAGAGGGCCUGCGGGGGUCUCCACGAUACUGGGAGGUGAACUGCGGUAACGGGGGAACGUGGGUCUCCAUCGGCGUCUCCUACAAAGGGAUCCGCAGGAGUGGAGAACACGCUCCUCUGUUUGGAAGAUGCAAAAACUCAUGGGCCUUGCGCAAAUACGGGUUUUCAUACUAUUUCUGGCACGAUAAUAAAGAAACAUCCAUCAAAUCUUCAUCCCUGUCCCCCAAAAUAGGAGUGUAUCUGGAUCACAAUGCUGGAGUUCUGGCCUUCUACACUGUCUCAAAGUAUACGAGCCUCCUCUACAAGGUUCAGACUACGUUUACAGAGCCGGUUUACGCUGGUUUUGGACUGUCAGGGAUCGGCUCCCAAAUUCAGCUGUGUGAUUUAGAUUCAGAAGACUAGACUCCAAAUGAAAGGCAAUGCCAAAUAUGUUGGCAUGAGAAUGAGAGGUAGAAUAAGUGGCUGUUAGAUUCAUUAUUGUAGAUAAGGAUAAGGCCAACAGCUUGUAUUUUUAUGCACAAGGUCAGAAUUAAGACAAUAUAAUCAAGCAUACUUCUUUUUAACUGAGAUAAACUUGCUGAUAAGGCACAAUUUAAUCUGAUAUAUUAGGCAGAUAAUACACUGCUAUAAACAAACUGCUGCUCUUUGCUGUUUGCUGUUUACACACCGAGCACAGUAUGUGCAGCGCUCGCUGCUCACAGCCGUGAGACUCUUUUUUUUUUUCAAUGGGAAACAUGUUUUCAAUGUUUCCCAUUGAAAACAUCAUGUUUAAAAGCACAGCCGCCAAUUUUUUAGCCUUCACUGCUAAAGCAGCUUCACACUGCACAGAUAUACAGUAUGUGCUGGAAUACAGAGUCUUCUUGCUAUAUUUACUUUUUUUUUUUUUGCUCCUGCGCCAGACAUCUCUGACCAAUCAGAAGAGACCACGUGUUUGUGUGGUUUAUUGGUGCACAUUUUGGUGUGUUAGGUUAGGUUUAUGCUUAAUCAAAUUAAAAUCAAGGUAAAUGUAAGAAACACUUGCAGAAGUUAUAAGUUAUAAGUCUAGUCAAUUAAAUUUUUAUUCUUAAUAGCCAGGUUUGGACAGACCUUAUAUUUAAUAAUUUCAUUAUUUUUAAAUGUUCUGCAUUGUAGCUUAAUACAAUAAGUCUAUGAAGAAAACCAUAGUGAAUUAUUUACUAAAGAUAAAAUGUUAAACAAACCAGGGUAUGUUUUAUUUUUUCCAUUCUUGACACUAGGAACCUCUCAUCUGGAAUUCA